UUGCAGCAUCUCAAACAGCUGCUGCUGGGAGCGUGUCUGGGUGGCACUGCGUUCGUGUCUGGCUCUGGGGCUUCUCAUUGUCAUAGCAGGACAGUGUUUCCAGACUAGGUGAUAGCUCCCUGGAUCCAUCUGAAUGAGCAAAGAAAGAAUGAAAAGAGAAGAUCCUUUUUACUGCCUGGACAGCGCAGAAAGAUAUUGACAUGAAGAAGGACAUCGAGACGUUGAUAGCAGAAGAGCGUGCUGACAUCAUCUCAAAAUAUGACAAGGGCAGACAGGAGGGCGUACACAUUGACCCCUGGGAGGAUGCUGACUACAGUAUCUACAAGGUCACGGACCGUUUCGGCUUCCUGCAUGAAGAGGAGCUGCCGGUCCCGAGCGCGCUGGAGGAGAAGCAAAAACAGCAGGAGAUUGAAAGGGUGGAGAAAUGGCUGAAGAUGGUGAAGAAGUGGGACAAGUACAAGAACAGUGAGAGGAUGCUGCGGAGGGUUUAUAAAGGGAUCCCCCUGCAGCUGAGAGGCCAGGCCUGGUCCCUGCUGCUGGAUGUGGAGAAGGUUAAGAACGACAACGCUGGGAAGUAUGAGAAAAUGAAAGAACAAGCUAGAAACUAUUCCACGGAAAUCAAGCAAAUAGACCUCGAUGUGAACAGGACCUUUCGAAACCACAUAAUGUUCAUGGAUCGCUUUGGAGUGAAGCAGCAGGCCCUGUUCCACGUCCUGGCGGCCUACUCCGUCUAUAACACGGAGGUGAGCUACUGCCAGGGCAUGAGCCAGAUGGCCGCCAUCCUGCUGAUGUUCAUGAACGAGGAGGACGCCUUCUGGGCCCUGUCCCAGCUGCUGACCAAUCAGAGACAUGCCAUGCAUGGGUUCUUCAUUCCCGGGUUUCCCAAACUGCAGCGGUUCCAGGCUCACCAUGACCAGAUCCUCUCCAAACUGAUGCCCAAACUGAAGAAGCAUUUGGACAAGGAGCAGAUGUCCACUGGGAUCUAUUCAACCAAGUGGUUUCUGCAGUGUUUCAUCGAUAGGACGCCCUUCACCCUGACCUUGCGUUUGUGGGACAUCUAUAUCCUGGAAGGAGAGAAGAUCCUCACUGCCAUGGCCUACACCAUCCUCAGACUGCACAAAAAGCGAUUGGUUAAAAUGUGCCUGGAGGACUUGCGGGAGUUCCUGCAGGAGAAGAUCGCACGGUCCCUCACCUGGAAUGACGACGUGGUCAUCGAGCAGCUGCAGGCGUCCAUGUCCGAGCUGCGCAAGAUGAAGCUGGACCUCCCACCUCCAGCGAAGUCGGACGAACUGCCGAAGAAGCCGCUGGGCCUGGAGCGGCCAGUGCUGCUGACGCUGGUGAAGCCGCCCCAGACGGCGCAUUCCCAGGCGGCGACGGGCCACCGCAUCAUCCAGGAGCAGGAGGCCAUCCAGCUCGACGAGAACCCGUCCCCGAACGGCGGGCGGGACGUUGACUCUCCCCGCGGGGAUGGCGGCGGCUCCCCCGCGGCCUCACCCGACCUGGUGCUGAUACACAGCCACGACGCACAGACCCCGCGGGGGGUGCAGCCCGGGAUCCCGACGCCCCCUGCCUCCGACCCCCUCGCCACAACAACGGGGCAGGAGGACGGGGCCGAACUGCAGGGAGGGCGUGAGGACUGCCCUCUCCCACGUGGAGGUGCUGAGGCCGACACCCCGGAAGAUGGGACAGGGGCAGAACCGCUGAGCCUUCCAGAUCUGGCCCCGCCUCCACCUCCCAGCAUGGAGGAGCCUGCUGAAAAGCGUCCCGGCGAGUCCUCUCCCUGCACUUCUGAGCUCUUACCUCAGGGGGGCGCUCCCGUCCCCCAGCACCUACCACAGCCUUUGGACCUCAUCCUGGAGGAUCCCUCCACCCUCAGCAUCCCGCAGAUGCCUAGCAAAUUCCCAAUGACUCUGUCAGUACCCCUGCCGUGCGGGGAGAGGCGGCCCUCCAACAUCUCCCAGUACGACAACCUGUCAGAGGGAGAGGGGGAGGAUGACCCCUGUCUGCACCAGUUGCGGGCGAUAGCCGACGCCCUGCCCCAAAGCCACUCCCCGGAUACAGAGCAGCAGGAUGCUCCCAGCCUUCCAGAACCUCCCGCAGCAGAGCUCCCCCCACCUCCCUCUCCCCCAUCACCUCCCGCGGCCUUCCUUAAACCAAAGCUGAUACCCCUGACCCAGGAGCUGGAGCAGGAGAGUCCUGAUUUGGCGGCAGCCGAGGUGGUCCCGCCCCCGUCUCCGCCCUACGGCGCUGAAGCACCGCCCCCUUUCCAGCCACCAUGUGAACCAGCUGACCAGGAGCACCAGGGCGACCAGCAGCCACUUGUUGAAAGCCACACGGACACUGGUGACCUUUGUUUUCAGGAGGAGGGAGAAGGACGGGGCCACCAGGACCUUUUACACCACCCCCAACCCUUGGACUCCCCAGGACAUGACACAGGGGUGCCUACAGUUCACCACGAUCCAUAUUUUUACCAAUCACACCAGCCCAGCCAACAACUGCCCAAAUCGGUGACAUUUUAGGAUAUGGCCUUGGUGACUGUGCCCUAGCUCUUAUUUCUUAAACCUGUCACAGCAUUUAAGAGCCAAGAACGUACGAACGCUUAACACCAUGUAUUCCUGUGCGCCGUCCGGUUCCUCUGCAGAUGGUAACACCGCGCCUUGACCGGCCUCAGUGCUUCACCGCAUCUCGUCCUCAAGGAGCCCAAGGCCACAAAAUCUCUUCCAGAGAUAAUCACCCGCAGAGAUUCAACAUGCCGAACUGGCAGGAAGUGUGAAGGACAGCCGCCAAUAGGGGGCGACAAACGUCAACAGCCACAGCAGGCAGGCACCCUGGUGCACUGAGACAUUACAUCAUGACAGAGCAGUAAAGCCGGUCUGAGCGGGGCCUUUACAAAAUACUUCAUUUUCUGAUGCAAACUUUACUAUACUGAACAAUUUUGAGGCCUCACCGAGGGUCCGGUCAGAAAACAAAGUGUUUUGACAGACAUGUACAGUUUUCUUAAACACCUUUUCUAAUUACCAUUUCAUAGAUUUAUAGAUAUUGAAAUACUUAUGAUAGCUUUAGUAUCUUUAGGCUAAACUAGUGCCAUGUUCCACAAAUAGUCAUUAGAGGCAGGAAAUGUGUGUGGUCACAAUUCUUACUAGAAAUAAUAUUUUCUGUGUUUUUUUUCCUUUUCUAAGAACAGAUUGUGUCUUAAUUUAUACAGCAGCAUUAAAUUAUUGUAAGAAAAUCCCACCUUAUAAUAGGAAGCAUCAGCCAAGAUUACUUGUCAGUAACAGUACAUACAAAAUCAGUGUCCAGUAAUGUGUGUUUUUUAGUUGUUGGGUAGACUACCACAUUCACUGUUUAAGUGAGCUGGCUCACUGCUUAUGCCAUAACACUCUCAUUAUUGACCCCAGUAUCAACCCUUGCCUGCAUACAAAUUUCUUUUUUAAUGUCUUGUUAAUUCUACAGGCAAGUCAGUUGUGUUUGGGGGGAUGUGAUUCUGGGUUUUAAUCUUUUUUUUGUGAUUGACUUCAGUCACAGAUCUGAUUUUCAGUUGCCUCCUGUUAGGAUGUCAGAGGGAAAGAAGCUUCAGGUUGUUUCUGCUUUCCUGCAAUGUCUGUGAAACUCUGAAAACAUUCUGCAGUGUUGCACGUUAAUAAUGUCAGUAGUUUAAUAGUUCAAUGGCAAAAAUGCAGCAAUAAUGUAGAUAUUCCAUACAGACUGAAGAAAACCGUGCGAUAUAAUCGUGAACACAGAAGCUAUAAUCUGCCUGCAUUUCAGCAAGAUCAAUAGAAGAAAAUUUUGAAAUAGUGCAUGAACUGUAAAUGCACAAAACUCCACCAAAAAAGAAAAUAUUCUCAAAAGUAUAUAAAAUUAGUUACUAGCUGUUGUGUAAUAGAUUUUUUUUACAAAUGAACCCUUGAUAAUCUCCUAAAGGGAGGGGCAUACAAUGAUUAUGACAUCCUUUUUGUGCCAUUUAUAACUCAACAUCACCACCUGGUGGCAAGACUGUAUUUUGCGUUUUGUAAAUUGUCUUCUCCCGUUGAUCAUGACAUUGAAGGUGGGAUUUCAGCUCAGACACUGCCUUUUGAGAAAAAUGAAGUAUCAUGUUUUGUAAUCCAGAGUAUGUUGUUUUCAGAUGAAAACGUGUCUUAAGUGAUAAUGUUCAAGCACAGGCUAAAUUAGAAAUAUACAAGAGCAGAAGCAGACAGCAGUCAGUACGCACACUAGCUCAGGAAAAAUAAACAGCUUUUGUUUUAUGAGGAGUUGAUUAUAUAAAAAGCGCUAUAUGAUCUGAAAAAGAGACAGAGGAAAUGGAAGAGUAUUACUUCCACAUCUAUCAAAUGUACAUUACAUUUGCUUUAUUACAAGCAUCACAAAUACUUCAUUGUGUUACAUGCAGUAUGUUUUUUUUUCCCCCUUUUGUUCUGGUGUUCUGCACUUUUUAGUAUGAAAUGUAACAGCCUGAGAACAUCCAGCUUCUGUGUUGUCUAUUUAAGUGUUGAUGUACAUUCCUUUUUUAAGGAGUCA